AGUGACUGGACUGGUAAUACUGGAUCUCUGAGCCUUCAACAAGUGUUCGUCAAUAAAUCUUUACUACACAUCUUUGUUUGUGGACACACUUGCUCUCAUAGCAAACAAAAGAUGGUAGAUUUUAAUAAGAGACCACAGUGACGUAUUCAUGUUACUGCUGACAGUGACACAAAGUGGUGCUGUAACUUUAACCUGGUUUCAGAAGUGUUUGUAGCUGGUAAUGGUGAUGGAAUGAAAACGAAUUAGCCUGGUAAUGUGGCCCCUAAACUCAUGCAGGAAGUGGGUAGCAGAUGGUAGUGUGACCCCAGUCUCGUGUUGCAAGUGGAGGAAGCUGGUAAUGUGGUCAUAAGAUGGGGCUGGAAAUGGAAGCAGCUAGCUGUGUGGUCCCAUGCUGGCAUUGGAAUUGAAAGCAAGCUCCCAAGCUGCUGUUGAAAAUAGAAACAGCCAGUAGUUACGUCCAAAAACUGUGGUUGAAAGUGGAAACAGGUUGCAGUGCAGUCUCUAAUCUUGAUUGAGAUAAGACAGCAGUAGGCAGUGUUUUGUCCAGUUGGUUUGUGCACAAGACAACAGUAGGAAGUGUAUUGUCCGAUUAGUGUGUGCACAAGACUACAGUAAUAAGUGUAUUGUCUGGUUGGUGUGUGUACAGGACAACAGUUGGCAGUAUGUCUUUUUUCAUAUGGUGUGCGGACACAAUUUUUCGCAGUGUUGUAUUCUGUUGAUGUGUGAAUAAGACAGUUAACAGUGUUUUGCCCAGUUGGAGUGCGGACGAGGCAAAAAGUGGCAGUGUUUUGCCCAACACUUCCUUGAGCUGAGGUCUCCAGCUCCCGAAGACACAAGAUGGACAAGACGACGUUCUUCACCCUCCUGGCACUACUCCUCCUAUCACCCCAAGGGUUAUCCAUCGGCAACUUGAAGGGAGACUACGCAGACUACUCUGACAUCUACUAUUACCAAGACCCCCGAAUGGAGCCUCCCACCUUCUCUGCACGUUCCCAGAAAUUCACGGUGGAGGUUGGCCAGUCUGUUAUCAUUCCCUGCGACGUGGAGAACCCAGGAGGGAGAAAUAAACUGAUCAUUAAAAAGAUACCAGCCAACGGGGGUAGCGAGAAGCUGCUUUCUGUGGGAAGCGACAAGGUGACGCCAGACGCCAGGAUGACUGUGGACGGGUCGCGUCUCACCAUUUCCCGCACGCUUCCCAGAGAUGCCGGUAUUUUCAUCUGUCAGUUCGACCUAGAGCCGCCCCUCCAGCUGAAACACACCUUGGAUAUCCAGUACGCACCCUCCGUCAGAGCCUUGGUGCCCCCUGAGCAGCGAGUAGCCAAGGGCAACACUGUCAUCCUAGAGUGUAAAGCACACGGCAACCCUGAACCCGUCAUCAACUGGUCUAGGCAGGAAGGUCCUCUGUCCUCGGGACACCUUAGCCAACAGGGAGAGAGACUAGUCCUGGAAGCUGUGGACCGUGAAAUGGACGGCACUUACCUCUGUACCGCUGUCAACAGUAUUGGGGAACCAGCCUCAGCUGCCAUGUCAGUCAUUGUCGAGUACCCGCCGGAGAUCACCACGGAAAAUGCCAUUGUGAGGACAGGUGAGGGAGACCAUGUUGAGCUGGUGUGUGUGGUCCAUGGUCGCCCGCCCCCAGAUGUAGUCUGGACCCACAACGGCAGCCCACUGCCAGAUACCAUUAUGGACACCCAGCUGCUCCUGCCACAGCAAGCCGCCCACACCCGCACCUCCUACCACGCCCACCUGAGCCAGAAUAAUUUUGCCCACCGCCACACACUCACCAUCAAUCCCGUGAAGGAGGAUGAUUUCGGUACCUACGUCUGCAUAGCAGAGAACUCCCUUGGCCAGAAAACUGCUCUCAUACAGAUGACGAGCCUGCCCAAGCCUCCCCAGGUGACGAGCAGCCCAAACGGAGGGGAGAGUACCAGGUACACACUAACCUGGGAGACUGAGAGUUACUACCCCAUAACCGAGUUCAUUAUUAAGUACCGCAGAACCCACAUGGAUGCCUGGCAGCAUCCCCGAACACUCGUGAACUUCUCCAGCAUGAGUUUCUCUCCCUCCCUCCAGCAGAGGAACCACAACAUGGUGAUGGCAGACUCGUGGGAGAGCGUGUCCCGGGCGGUGGAUACUGAGGGAGUGAGACAUGGUACCCGUCAUGCCCUGGCCUACACGCUAGACCCGCUGGAGGUCGCCACCGACUACGUGGCCGUCAUCAGAGUCAGGAACAAAUACGGCUGGUCAUCAGAAUCUGAUAAUUUCUCCUUCUCCACCAAGAAAACCAUGGCAGUGCAACAGUCGUCCAGCAGCACGAGACGUCAUGUCAACGCUGCGCUCUUCAUCUUCUUACUGCUCCCGCACCUGUUCACUGUCAUAUAGAAAAACUAUCUCCUGUUGACCUCGCCACAAGACUUGUCAGAAAUGCUGCACGUGGUCAGGCAAAACAAGCAGUUUCACAUUUACAGAUGUUCCUCAUCUUAAAUUUUGUAAACAAAAUAAGUUGAACAGCAAGUAAAAUGUGACGGUAGAAUUCCAUGAAAAGAUUCUAUUGCUUGUUUAAGAGGACGUGUAAACACUACAAUUCGCCAAAGAUUUAGUGACUGUGUGUGGUGCUUUAUGUGUAACUUCCAUAUCUCUCACAUUCCUGGCAAUGCAUCUGUAUUCCACAGACGCUAACACUGCUGAACAAAAAUAUUUAGCUCGAUGUAGACAUUGCUUGUGACAGAAAAAGUUUGUGUCAAGUGAGUUCUGGUAUAGCUCUUGAGUCCAGUACUGAACUUAUGUGCAACGAUGUACAUUACAUGGUAAUUAUUUUAUAAAAUAGGCCACAGUAAAAUGCAAUUCUGCCCAUUAAUUUAUGUUUAAGUGACGGCAAAUAAAUGAAAAAACAAUUGAUAAACAGCAGUUUUCGCCCAGAAGAUAGCUCCCCAGACAUCUCUUAAAUGACCGGACAGCACUGGCGUUAGAAAAGGCACAAGUUGAGAGUUUGUUUGAUAAAAUGGCUGUGAAACGAAAAAAAAAGUGACUGUUUGGCAUUCUAUUCUAUCAUUCGUAAGACACGUGUGAGAGCAGACUGUGGUGCGAGUAUUACGUCACCAUACAUUUAGAAGGUCAUAAACUCACGUUUCUAAAAGUAAGAGUCAUGGAAGUAGUGACAGAGAAGUGAGCAAAGAUUCAUCUAUUUACAAACAACCCACACUUAGCUUUAUGGCAGAAGGCUAAUAAAUCAUUAUUAGAUAUGAGGUUAGUUGCAUUAACCAGACGAUUAGUUUUCUUCUCUGCUGUACCAAACAUUCUGGUAGAAAGAGAGAGAGGGAGAGAACGUAACAAAAUUUUAAUCAAUGGAGAUUUUAUAAUUAACAGAGGUUUAUCUCUUUAGAUGUAGUCAGUAACUGCUGUGACCUUUUAAACAUUAAGUUUACUUUCUGUAGCUGAAGUAUAAAACUGUGAUUGUCCGCCUCUUGGACAACGUAGAGGCCAUGCUGUGCUGACUCCUCUGGGAGUCUAUGCUGAUAUAUACCAAUGAUAUUGACAUGUGAGUGAGCACACUCGAGAAUGUGUGUGGACAGCUGUCACUAGAAACAAUUACCAGUGAUUUACAUAUUUGAAAGCUGAUAAAAAUUACUUAGUGCAAGUUAGCAACUUUCGUCAACUUGGAUUUGUUGAUCACGGACAUCAUCUGUGUACUGAAAGAUCUUGUGUUGUGAUGGUGAUCAUAAAAUAUAACAUUGCUGUAUAUUCUGCCGCAUCAUGUAACGUGCUAUAGGCUAAUGUUAAAUUUUAUUUACGUACACAGCAUUUGCAAACUCUCUUAACGACAGCAUUCAGGCACCUGAACGAUAAACAUUCCAAAUACCGCAACCUACAUAUGCAAAGUUAUUCCUAGAAUAUGCGGCGCCAUCAUGAAACCCAUAUAUAUUUAUAAGCAAGCACAUUCAUAAGAAACUGAAGGAUGGUCCACGGAGUAUAUACCACGAGACUGGUUGCGGAGCUGGGAAGAAUGACCUGCAAGCCUGCUGAAUGUUCCCCCUCUAGGGCAGAUUAUUUCCUAACUUUUACUGUCUUUGACUCACUCAAGGGAAUAAGACUCCCUGAAAAGACUUUAGGCCCACUUUAAUAUUUUCUGUGUGGGUUUUCUGGAUACAUGGUAAUCACAAACACAGCCACACAGACACAAAGAUACAUAUGUAAACUUUUUUUCAAGAAACGGACGGUGUUUGAUCUCGAGGUCUCACGUGUGCUAGUCUGGGUGAUGUCUAUAGGAGUAUUAGCUUUUGCGUAACCUACAUUAUUUUUAUUAGUGAGUUUUUCACCACCAACAACAGAUACAGCUGUUGUCCCUCCAAGUCAUGUCAGUGCUGACGGGGACAUAAUAGGAGCAAUAUGACUCAAAGGACCUCCAGAGAUAACCAUGGAUAAGGAUGCAACUCUUAUUGUAGCCUUCACAGUCCAAUGAUAAAGUAGAGAGUGAGCAUGUGGUAAACCUCGGAUUCGAAUCUCGUCCUGUGCUUAAAAGAACUGUCUUUAUUUGUACACACACAAACACACACACACACACACACACACACACACACACACACACACACACACACACACACACACACACACACACACACACACACACACACACACACACACACACGCACACACACACACACAGCGACCAGUGAAGAGGCGGGGCCAGGAGCUUGGACUUGACCCCUGCAACCUCAACUAGGUGAGUACAACUAGGUGAGUACACACACACACGCGCACACACACACACACACACACACACACACACACACACACACACACACACACACACACACACACACACACACACACACACACACACACACACAUAAAUAUAUACUUACACGUACAUGCGAGGUUAUAAAAUAAUCGUCGUCAAGGAAUAGAUAAAAACUUGUGCAUGAGAGUUACUUAACUUGCCACUAUAAAAUAAACAAUAAGAUAAGCGAUUGUGAUGUUAUCUAGUAAUAAAAUUUAUAUGUAUUUUG